GCAUCCCGGCUUAAGCGCGUUCCUGGCGGGCUCGGAGUACGAGGUGUGAAGUCGGGGGCGCGCCGGGGCCGGAGAAGACACAGCUAGAUAACCCGGUGGUCGCAUUCCAGCCAGUCACACCGGCCCGGGGCUUCUCCACUGCUUUUCCGGGGUCUGGCUAUUGCCUCCUGCUUAGUGGGCGAAAAUGCCUGCCGUGUCUAAGGGAGAUGGCAUGCGGGGCCUGGCCGUGUUCAUCUCGGAUAUCAGGAAUUGCAAGAGCAAAGAAGCAGAAAUAAAAAGGAUAAACAAGGAACUGGCUAACAUUCGCUCAAAGUUUAAGGGAGAUAAAGCUUUGGAUGGCUACAGCAAGAAGAAAUAUGUCUGCAAGCUGCUUUUUAUCUUCUUACUUGGCCAUGACAUCGAUUUUGGCCACAUGGAGGCGGUGAAUCUGCUCAGUUCCAACAAGUACACAGAGAAGCAAAUUGGUUACCUCUUCAUCUCAGUGCUGGUGAAUUCAAAUAGUGAGCUGAUCCGCCUCAUCAAUAAUGCCAUCAAAAAUGACUUGUCUAGUCGCAACCCCACCUUCAUGGGACUGGCUCUGCACUGUAUUGCCAAUGUCGGUAGUAGAGAGAUGGCAGAGGCCUUUGCUGGAGAGAUCCCAAGGAUACUGGUUGCUGGAGACACCAUGGAUAGCGUUAAACAGAGCGCUGCCCUCUGCCUUCUGCGUCUGUACCGUACCUCUCCGGACCUGGUGCUCACAAAUGAGUGGACUUCACGAGUGGUUCAUCUGCUUAAUGAUCAGCACCUGGGUGUAGUAACUGCUGCUACCAGUCUGAUCACCACCCUGGCACAGAAGAAUCCCGAAGAGUUUAAAACUUCAGUUUCGCUGGCAGUGUCACGACUGAGCAGGAUUGUCACUUCGGCUUCCACAGACCUGCAGGAUUACACAUACUACUUUGUUCCAGCUCCCUGGCUCUCCGUGAAACUGCUAAGGCUUUUACAGUGUUAUCCUCCCCCAGAGGACCCUGCUGUGCGAGGACGACUUACAGAGUGCUUAGAAACCAUUCUGAACAAAGCCCAGGAGCCUCCUAAAUCCAAGAAGGUGCAGCACUCCAAUGCCAAGAAUGCUGUGCUAUUCGAGGCAAUCAGCCUCAUUAUUUACCAUGACAGUGAGCCCAAUCUGCUGGUCCGGGCAUGCAACCAGCUGGGCCAGUUCCUGCAGCAUCGGGAGACCAACCUGCGCUACCUGGCAUUGGAGAGCAUGUGUACCCUGGCCAGCUCCGAGUUCUCACACGAGGCUGUGAAGACACACAUUGAGACUGUAAUCAAUGCACUAAAGACAGAAAGGGACGUAAGUGUGCGACAGCGUGCAGUGGAUCUACUGUAUGCAAUGUGUGAUCGCAGCAAUGCUCAACAGAUUGUAGCAGAGAUGCUAAAUUACCUGGAGACUGCAGAUUACUCCAUUCGGGAAGAGAUCGUUCUCAAGGUAGCAAUCCUUGCUGAAAAGUAUGCAGUCGAUUACACAUGGUAUGUGGACACCAUUCUUAACCUCAUUCGGGUAGCUGGGGACUAUGUCAGUGAAGAGGUCUGGUACAGGGUAAUCCAGAUUGUCAUAAACAGAGACGAUGUUCAGGGAUACGCAGCCAAAACGGUGUUUGAGGCUCUUCAGGCUCCUGCCUGUCAUGAAAAUCUGGUCAAAGUUGGCGGGUAUAUUUUGGGCGAGUUUGGUAAUCUUAUUGCCGGUGACCCACGUUCUAGCCCUUUGAUCCAGUUUAACUUGUUACAUUCUAAGUUCCAUCUUUGCAGCGUGCCUACCAGGGCUCUGCUGCUCUCGGCCUACAUAAAGUUUAUUAACCUCUUCCCCGAGAUUAAACCCACCAUCCAAGACGUGCUACGAAGUGACAGCCAGCUCAGAAAUGCCGAUGUGGAGCUUCAGCAGAGAGCUGUAGAAUAUCUGCGCCUGAGCUCAAUUGCCAGUAAUGACAUCUUGGCUACUGUGUUGGAGGAGAUGCCGCCUUUUCCUGAACGGGAGUCCUCCAUCCUGGCCAAGCUGAAGAAAAAGAAGGGUCCCAGCACAGUCACUGACCUGGAAGACACAAAGAAGGAGAAAAACAGCUCUGAUGUGAAUGGGGGCACUGAGCCCGCCCCUGUUAGCACAGCGCAGUAUCCUAUCCUUGAAGAACAAAGCAUAUUUGUGGCACGCCCUCAUCCAUCUUCUUUCCUGGCACCCCUCUCAUCUAACAGCCAUUACCCACAGUCUGGAAUGAACUACCCUUUAGCGGCACUUUCAAAUUGCCAGUCCACUCCCUCUCCUUCUGCCGACCUCUUGGGCCUGGGAGGUCCAUCGGCGACCAGCCCAGGUGCGCUCCCUGCUGCUUCAUCUGAUAGUCUGCUUGUGGAUGUUUUUGCUGACCAAUCGCUGCCAGUUGCUGCUGUCACUACAGGGGAAGAAGAUAACUUUUCCAGCGAAGUUCCAACUUUCUCAGAAGGGGCUUCUGGGGAGCCAGACCCUUCUGUACAUGAUGCAGAUGAUUCCUACUACAAGUUUAUCUGCAAAAAUAAUGGCGUCCUCUUCGAGAAUCAGCUACUGCAGAUUGGACUGAAAUCUGAGUUUCGCCAAAAUUUGGGUCGUAUGUUUAUUUUCUAUGGCAACAAGAUGUCUUCUCAGUACCAGAACUUCACUUCAACACUAAUUUGCUCAGAUGAACUUAAAGCCAGUCUGAAUCUCCAGUCUAAGCCAGUGGAGGAUACAGUUGAUGGAGGUGCCCAGGUGCAGCAAGUGGUCAACAUUGAGUGUGUGCAGGAGUUUGUGGAAGCCCCGGUUCUCAACAUCCAGUUCAGGUACGGAGGAGCUUUCCAAAAUUUCUCAGUGAAGCUUCCCAUCACAAUCAAUAAAUUCUUUCAACCAACCGAGAUGGAAGGCCAAGACUUUUUUCAACGCUGGAAACAGCUCAGUGGGCCCAAGCAAGAGAUUCAGAACAUUUUUAAGGCAAAGCUUCCGAUGGAUACUGAAAUCACUAAAGCAAAGCUUAUUGGAUUUGGACCUGCUCUUUUGGAAAAUGUUGAUCCAAACCCGUCCAAUUUUGUGGCAGCUGGAAUCAUUCAAGCAAAAUCCCGACAGGUGGGAUGCCUGCUACGCCUCGAACCCAAUGUGCAGGCACAGAUGUACCGGCUCACCAUCCGCACAAGUAAAGAAGAGGUUUCCCAGAGACUGUGUGACCUGCUCUCCGAGCAAUUUUAGACCUCAACCGAUUUGGUUCCAGAACCCAUGUCUUUGUGAUCUUCCCUUACUGCCAGUUCCUUCUCUCAGUAAAAUAAAUAUUCCUCACACAUUG